AGUUUAUUUCCGUUUCCUGUGGCAACACCAAACUUUGUAAAUCUUUCACAACUGCGAAACGAGGAAACUUAAGAUAUGUCGCGGAAUGAGAUUGAAAUGGAUUAUCAUCCGAGCUGGAGUAGACAAGCAAGUCGAAUGAGUACAAAAACUUCAAGAUCCAGUGAAACAAAGCCUCCGAUUGGCAAACGGGUUAUUAAUGGUAUAUCAGAGUUUUUUGGAGUAGUUGAUACCGAUCCCGCGGAAAAUGAAUCGUGGAAAAAUAGAAAAAUUCGAUUGGCGUCAUCUCAUGGUAAACUUGACUCAGGAAAGGGAGAAGAUUACCUAAACAAAGGAUAUUAUGAUACUACGGACAACGUAUUUUUAUCUUCUCCUACAUAUAAUAGAGAUAUUAGCAGAAAAUCUGAAGAGCAUAAAGUUUAUAGAGGAAUUUCCACAGCAUCAGGCACUUAUAAAAGAUGCUUAUCUUCCCAAAAACAACGUCGUGGACGCACAAAAGAGUCAGUUCUUAAAAUGACUGUAAAUGGUAUACGGAAUUUGACGACUCCCGUAAAAAAGUCUGAGAGGAAACCGCGUAUGCAUAGCAGGAGCUUUACACCUGCUAGCUUAUCAUCAUUUCAUGAAGAUUAUCUAGUGGACUCUGAAAAAAGUCGAUUAUCAAUUACCGAUGCCCUUUUUGAGGAUGGGUUUUUCAGGGUUGCCACACCAACGUCCCCCCUACCUACAAAUACUUUAAAUCAAAAAAUUUCUUUUCAACCAAAGACCAUUCCAAGGAGGGGAGAAGGAGACGUCGUCGACAGUGGAGGAUCUCGGCUGAUAGCUCCCGAAGAAGCUCGCCCAGUUAAAGCGGGAUGGCAAAUAGGAAGAUCAAAACCUGCAGACGUGCCUGAUACCCCUUUUGACUUUGUGGAUAGUCCUUUUGCCGAAAUGAAAAAAAUUACAAGCAACAUGAUGGAUAGCGCCUUAAAAUCAAACGAAAAAAGGUCUGUAGGUGUUGGCUUUGUUGGAAGAUGUUUUGGCCGAGAGUAUAAAAAAGGAGUUGAUCGAAAUGAAGAUAUUAGAAAGCAAAUUGAUGAAAUGGAUUUAUACAGACCUUAUUUUACGUAUUGGGUGUGCACCGUGCAGAUAUUAGUAUUCAUUGUUGCUGUAUCUGUGUAUGGAUUUGCACCAAUUGGUUUUUCAGAAAAAGAAAUUAAAGGAGAAGUUAUAACAGUAAGCUUAGCGUAUCAUCAAGUUUCCUAUUUCGAAAAAGAAAACUUAUGGAUUGGUCCUAGAACGGCUGAUCUGAUUCAUUUGGGAUCGAAAUAUUCACCCUGCAUGAGGAAAGAUGAGAGUAUUGAAAGUGGGAUAAAUAAAGCUAGAGAGAUAGAGAAGAACACGGCCUGUUGUAUCAGAAAUGACGAUUCUGGAUGCGUCCAAACCGAUGAAGAGUCUUGCUCCAAUAUUCUAUCAUCUUGGCAAAAAUGGACUAAGGAUAAGCCUGGAAGUCAAGGGCUUACUUCUGGUUCCGUGUGUGGCCAAGAUCCAGAACUUUGUGACGACCCAGCCUCCAGUGGAUCAUUUAAAUGGAAAGAUGAUAUCACUACCUGGCCUAUUUGCAAAAGUACUCGAAACGCAUCCAAAUCGGAUGCAACAAAACGACAUAUGACUUGCGGACUUGUUGGUCGUCCUUGUUGUUUAGGAGUUAAAGGAAAAUGUAUGAUAACAACAAGAGAGUAUUGUGAUUUUAAGAGAGGAUACUUUCAUGAAGAAGCUACUCUUUGUUCUCAAGUGUCUUGCAUGAAUGAAAUAUGUGGUAUGAUAGAUUUUUGGGAUCCUAACAGACCGGAUCAGUUUUAUCGAUUGUUUACAUCUCUCUUUCUGCAUGGAGGAGUGGUUCAGCUUAUCAUUACUCUUUUGUUUCAAUUUUUUAUUAUGAGAGAUUUAGAAAAACUCGCUGGUUGGUUAAGAAUUGGUAUAAUUUACAUAGGAUCUGGUAUUGCAGGAUCUUUAAUGUCUGCAAUAUUCUUACCCUAUUAUGUUGAGGCUGGACCUUCCGGCUCCCAAUUUGGCCUUUUAGCUUGCCUUUUUGUUGAAGUUUUCCAAUCUUGGCAGAUUUUGGCAAGUCCCUGGAAAUCGUUGCUAAAACUGGGGUUGAUUUUAUUAGUACUCUUCAUUGUUGGCCUUCUCCCUAUGAUUGAUAACUAUGCCCACAUAGCUGGUUUCUUUUUUGGGCUGUUAUUAGCGUUUGCUCUAUUGCCAUAUCUUAAAUUUGGAAAAUUUGAUAAAACGAGAAAGUUAAUAACAAUAAUCGUAUCUUUACUUAUAGCGAUAGUGCCAUUUGAAGAAUUAGCCGGCUUAUUAGAGAAGAUCAGCCGUAAAUCGGGUACAGAAACAAAGAAGGACUUAUUAAGAUUGUUUUUUGAGAAAUGGAGAGCGUCUCACCAAAAAAUUCAUGAAGAUGAUAAAGAUUCGAAGGAUUCAGUAUACCCAGCUAUGCGUCUGAUGCUACCCCAAUUAGAACGAGAAAGAGAUGCAUAUGGUAUGAAGGAGCACACUUUAGGGAAAUACUACAUCGACAUUCUCGGUUUGGGGGGAAGUUCUGCUAAAAAAUUACUGAAUUAUCGAGCUCCGACGAAUAAAAAGGGUACUCAGGAUUCAUCUGGAGACUUUGCCGCAGUUGCCUACUUUAUAUUAAAAAGUAGAUUACCCGAAAAGGGAGACUUAAGCAUUAGCGAAGUGAACGAUCAGUUGGACAAAAUAUCACAUGGCCAUGCCAAUAAAGAAAAAUCACAAAUUAAAAAUGCUUUAACAUUCCUAUUAACUCACACAUCGCCUUUACAACACAAAUGGUUAAUAAGGAUGCUUUUGAAAGAUAUGAAAAUUGGAAUGAGUCAGACAACUAUUCUUAACGCUUAUCAUAAAGACGCCGAUGAUCUAUUUAAUGUUAAAAUGAACCUUCGAGAAGUUUGUGAAUUGCUACGUGAACCGUCGAAACAUCUUCAUGAAAUUGAAGUAUCACUUUUUGCUGCUUUCAGACCUAUGUUGGCAGAUCGUGCUCAGCCGCAAAAUGCUUUAGAAUCUUUAAAUACACCCUUGUACUAUAUUGAAACAAAAUACGACGGAGAACGAAUUCAGUUGCAUAAAGACGGAGAUGAAUAUCGAUACUUUUCACGUAAUGGGCACGAUUACACUCUAAGCUUUGGUAAAACUCCCUACGAUGGAUCAUUGACUCCAUAUAUAUCUCACUGUUGGCCUGAUGAUAUUGAGACUGUUAUUCUUGAUGGAGAAAUGGUAGGCUACGACUCCACGACAAAAACAAUUGGAUCAAAAGCGGAUAGUUUUGAUGUGAAAUCAGCAUCUGGUGAAGGCGACUUAUAUCCUUGCUUUGUAGUAUUUGAUAUUCUUUUGAAAAAUAAAAAGGUUCUAACGAAUCUUCCUUUGAGAGAGAGAAAAAAGGAAUUAGAAGGAGCCUUCUGUCCAAUAGACGGACGUAUAGUGUUGACAGUUACAGCUGAGGCGACCUCGAAUAAUGAAUGUAUAAAGGCGCUGAAUGAUGCUAUAGAUAAUCGCUACGAAGGGAUAAUGAUCAAGUCACCAGAAUCUGUUUACAAGCCCCACUCAAGAAAAGCUGGGUGGUUUAAAAUCAAGCCUGAGUACGUCGGAGGAUUAAUGGAUGAAUUAGACGUUUUAGUUGUCGGAGGUUCAUUCGGAAGUGGACAUAGAUCUGGAAUCUUGUCACAUUUUCUAUGCGCCGUCGCCGAUACUGAAGGAGUGAUAAAUGAAAACACAGUUUUUCAUUCUUUUUGUAAAGUAGGAAGUGGCUACUCUCAAAAGGAGUUGUUAGAAUUUAAUAGAAAAAUUAAAGAUCACGUCAAAGAUGCCAAGAAAGGAAUUCCCAGCUGGUUAGAGUUAGCUUCUGGUCGACAAAAGCCUGAUUGCAUAAUAGAACCAUCCAAAUCUGCAAUUUUACAAAUAAAGGCAGCAGAAAUAGUGGAAUCGGAUCAAUAUAGGACUGGGUGUACUCUAAGAUUCCCGCGAGUGAUGAAAAUAAGGGACGAUAAAAGUUGGACAGAUAGUAUGACGGUUGAAGAGUUAAAACAACUACAAAAACAAGGAAAGUUGUACGGUAAGAAACAUAUGGAAGAAGACGACGGCUUAAACUUCGAAGAUGAACCUAAAACUAAACGAAGACGAGGAGGUGGUACAAAACGAAUUGUUAAGCCUACAGUAGCCGCGCAUCUGAGAGGUGUUGACGUUGAUACCGUGGAAAAGUUGGAUGAGCUUCUCCUGGGAAAAGAAUUUUGUGUGGUGAACGCUGAAAGGAAUCAAAGCAAGAUUCAAUUGGAAAGUGAUAUUGUUGCUCAUGGAGGAACAGCCGUUCAACAUCCUGGUGAGAAUACAUGGUGUUGUCUAGCUGCAAAAACUAGCGUCAGGGUGAAAAAUAUGAUAGCUAGUAAGCAACAUGAUAUAGUCAAAGUGGAAUGGUUAUUAAGUUGUUUCGAACAACAAAAACUUCUUUCAUGGUCUCCUAAAGAUAUGAUUUUUGCAAAAUCAAUAACCACCAAUCAAUUAGCAGAAAGAUUUGAUGAACAUGGCGACAGUUUCACAAGUGACAUCAAUGAUAUUGAUUGUCUAAAAGAUAUUUUUCGACAAGUCAAGUCGACUUGCCGCCUGAAUUAUAAGGAAAUUGCUGAAGUCGAAGAAGAAUAUUUUCCUCAUGACUGCCGUUACGGACUUUUUCGUCUGUGUACUAUUUACGGCGACUCGUACGAAGUUUUAUCGGAUGAAAACACUGCUCGAAGCGAAAGUUCUCUUCCAGCCUACUUGUAUUUAGCAUCAGUAUAUGGAGCAAAUAUAUCGAGUCGCCUAGACAAAUCGGUUACACACGUGAUAGUAGAAAACGAUGAUCAUUUUAAUGAUUUGAAUAUUGUAAAUCGAUCUAGAAGGCAGAAAUUUCGCAUAGUAAGAAAAGAUUGGAUCGACGAGUGCGUGAAAGAGGGAAAACUUUUAGAUGAAUCAAAUUUUAAAGCUUGA